AUUUAUGUUGGGUAGUUUAGAUUCUUGCGCUAGUCAAUUCAUUUUGGAUUGGUAAAGUAACAAAGAUGAUAUAUUUUAUUUCUAAAAUUUAGUUUUAGCAUUUUAAUUCUUUUGGAAGAAAAUAGAAAAAGCACUCACUUGCAAAAUGGAUCAUUUUUGCACAUACUGUAGUGUGAUAGUAGGAUCUGAGGCAGAAUUGCGAGCUCACUGCAAUUCUGAAGGGCAUCAACUAACGAUUAUGAGCGAUGAAGGCCGUGAGUGGAAAUAUCGGGCACCAGCUAGAGGAAUGGGUGCUGAUCAGUAUGCCUUAUGUUUGUCUUACUCAUCUACUGGAAAAUGCCGUUUGGGACAGCUGUGCUGUGAUGCACAUGGUGAAGAGGAGCUUUUAGAAUGGAAAGAGAGAUUUGAUUAUCGUCAAAUGAAACUACAACGAGCCAAAGAGUGCAGGUUACAAGGAAGACAUUACACCGAGCAGCUGCUUGAAAAGUGGUUGACUUCGACAAAUCCUAAUCUCAUUAUGACUGAAAGUUUAGACUCUGUGGAAUUAAGUGUAGAGCCAGAUUUAAAUUUGACUGUCUCUGAGAAGAAUUGCUGUAGAGAGUGGACUUUUCAUUUAUCUGCAAAGGCAACAUUGAAGCACGUUGCCUUGCUGUAUGAAACACACAGAAACCAUUUUAGGAUUUCGUUGCUGAGAUCUGGCAGAGUUUCUGGUAUAAAAGAAUAUAAUUUAGGACCACACUGCCAGGAAUGGAGUAAUGCAGACAACAAUGAAUAUAAAUAUGAUCAAUAUACUUGCAAAGUUCGUUUCCUGACUUCAAUCUAUGGCACCUUCAGGCAAGCUAUAGUAUUUGAUUUUGGUUUUGAGCCAGUAUUAGUUCAAAAACUGUGUGUCGAUGUGGUUUCUUCUUCAGAUAUGGAAAAACUUCAACAAGCAAGAGAUACGGCUGUAUCUUUUACUGAGCGUUGGAGUAGCAAUGAUGUAACUGUUGUUCCAUUUGAAAAUCGACCUUAUUCAUUAGGAGAGCGGGAAGAAUGUCUUCUGACAUGCUAUCCUGCUCCCAAUGGCAGUAAAUUCACUGUGACACAGUCUGUAAUGGAACCAACUAUCACCAAGAAUAAUUAUUGUGCUCGACAGCAUGAACUGCUCUAUAUUGAAGAAAUGGCUCAAUAUGAAUUGUUAUCUAGAUAUAAUGUCAAAGCACUUCUUAAUGUGACCAGUUGUUAUCUACUUACUCCAAAUUCAGCAGUGACUGCUAAAUAUGCUCAUAAUGGUGAAUUGUUUGCCAAUAUGCAAUUGUCUUCUGUAUUAUCUGAAGAUUCCUCGUCCGGGAGACUUGUACUUACAAACUGCAAUACUGUGCUAUUGGCUCCUGUUAAAACAAAAGGAGAAGAGCAAAGGAAGGUUUAUGAAGCUGUAAUUGAAGAUAAAGGUAAAACUGCAAUAUACAUUCGUCUUUCUAAAAGAUGCUGUGAAGAGUUAAAGCUUAAAGCAGAUCGGGAGUUUACAGCAGAGGUACAAUUUCAAUUAAAUCGCUUACCUCUUUGUGAAAUGCAUUUUGCUGUUGAUAGACUCCAUCCUCCUUCUUUAGUGUUUCCUGAUAUAGACACUAUACCUAACAUGUGGAAUUCUAAUAGUGGAAAUUUGGACUUAGAGCCUUGGUUGAAUCCAAAACAAAAAGAGGCUGUUGAAGCAAUAAUUACUCCUUUAAAUCUCAGACUUCCACCAGUGUUGAUCAUUGGACCUUUUGGAACUGGAAAAACAUUUACUCUGGCCCAAGCUGUUAAAAUGAUUUUAAACGAUCCUUUGUCCAGAGUGCUUGUAUGCACACACUCAAAUAGUGCUGCAGAUAUCUAUAUUCGAGAAUAUCUUCAUCCACAAGUUGCAGAAGGGAGGACAGAAGCUACUCCUUUGAGAAUCUAUUAUCGUCACCGUUGGGUAGCAACUGUUCAUCCUACAGUUCAACAAUAUUGUUUGGUUUCAACUGCUGGCAGUGAUCGCAAUUUUAAUAUGCCAACUAUAGAAGAUGUUAAAAAACAUAGAGUGAUAGUUACUACGCUAAGUACUUCCAGGUACUUAGUUCAAUUAGGGUUAGAAAAAGGUUUUUUCACUCACAUUCUUAUUGAUGAAGCUGCACAAGCAAUGGAAUGUGAAGCAAUUAUGCCUUUGUCUUUAGCAAAUGAAAAUACACGCAUUGUUUUAGCUGGAGAUCAUAUGCAGCUUAGCCCAGAAGUUUAUUCACAGUUUGCUCAGCAAAGAAAUUUACAUACAUCUCUACUCGAACGACUCUAUGACUUAUACCCUGAAAUUUAUCCUUGUAAAAUAUUACUCUGUGAAAAUUAUCGUUCUCAUGAAGCUAUCAUUCAGUACACAUCUGAGUUAUUUUAUGAUAAUCACCUGCAAGCUAGUGCUCUACAACCUCGUCAUAAGAAAUAUUAUCCUUUAACUUUUUUCACUGCUAGAGGAGAAGAUGUUCAAGAUUGUAAUAGCACUGCAUUUCAUAAUAAUGCUGAAGUAUACGAAAUUGUUGAAAGAGUUAUUGAGUUAAAGAACAAUUGGCCAAAAUCAUGGGGAGAACAAGAUGAAACCAGUGUUGGUGUUGUGACACCAUACUAUGAUCAGGUUGUUAGAAUAAGAGCUGAAUUAAGAAAGAAGAAACUGCAUGGUGUAUCUGUUGAAAGAGUGCUUAAUGUGCAGGGGAAACAAUUCAGAGUUAUUUUCUUAAGUGCUGUUAGAACAAGACAAACUUGUGGUUUGAACAAACCUGAAUCAGAGUUAGACCAUGGCUUCUUGUCAAAUGCAAGGCUAUUAAAUACAGCUAUUACAAGAGCUCAGUCUUUAGUUGCUGUUGUUGGUGAUCCUGUAUCUUUAUGUUCAGUUGGCAAGUGUCGGAAAAUGUGGGAGAAGUUUAUUUUUACUUGUCACAAAGAAAAAAGUCUCUUUGGUAUCACAUGGGACUCCCUUCGCUCACAGCUUGACAGCAUGGAAUUGAAGAAAAAUUUCAUUCUCAAUCCUCUAGCCCCCGAGUUUGUUCCGGGCAGAAUGUAUCACGGUCAACCUGCACCUUCUAAUUCCAAUGAAGGUUUUUGUUCUAAUGCUGCUCCUCCUCAGCCUUGGUUUCUUUUCCCACUCCCAACUGCUUUGCAGGGGCCACCUAUCAUACAACCACCCAUCAUGCCUGCCCCACAUAUGAUGUCUGCCCCUCAUCCAUAUAAUAUGGUAAAUUGCUUAUGUCCACCAAUAAUGCCUCCACCUCAGCACAAUCCAUUUCAAAACUAUCCAUACAACUCUUCCUCACUCCCACCACCUCCACAACAACGUCCCAAUUCCACGAGAAUGCCAACCAAUGCCUUUCCUCGUAAAAUUACGAGUAACCGAGGCCUUUCUAACCUUAGUGAGCUGAAAGAAUUUGACCACAGCAUUGUUGGUGGUAGGCAGUUGAAGCCAAAUGAAAGUAACCAGCUUUUUCCUCUUAUGAGCAAGCAAUCACCCAGCAGAAAUAUUGAGGAGAGAAGUCAGAAUGAUCAGUCCGAAGAAGCGAAGCGAAUGCUGAUGAGUCGGAUAGAAAACUUGAUAAGUUCUUUUCCACGUGACGAAAAUAUCGUAAACAUGCAAAAUACACAAAAUUUAGUAGCUCAUGAUGAUAAAGGGAACAAGCAAUAUCUGGGGAAGCCAGAAGAAAGUAUGAAUCCUUUUGUCAAGAAUAGCAUGACAUCCGAAUUGAAUUCAGAAUCUUUUCCCGAUAGUAUGUAUGCGAGGAAUAGUAAAAUGCCUGUAAAUAAUUCGUGGUACGCAUUUCCUCCAAAACCCUGCCCUGAACCUGAAGUCCAGAAUCCUUCUUUCAAUAAUUUUAGUGAUCACAAUACCCGAACUCCAUUUAGUGAUAUGAAUGGCUUUGUUAAUGAUAGAGAAAGAGUUCGUAAUGUUCCAAACAUGCAUCCGAUGCUAAUACCAAACAAUAGUAAUCCAUCUGUUAUUGAAAAAUGGAAUGAUUUACCCGAUUCAUCGCAAGUACGAAUGGAUAUGCCUUUUGCUAACAUUCCUAUGCUUCACGUUUCAUUCCAAGAAAAAAUGAAUCUCUUAGAAAAGAUAUUGCCUCCUGGGACUGAUGUUUUUGCAUUUAUUGAUAGCGAAGAACAAAUUAAAGGAUUCCUUCAACACUUAGCUAAUACUGAGAGCAAUGCAGCAACUAAAACAUUCUUGCUUUUGAUUGCAAUAAAAAAGGAUCAGGAACUCAUUCAAGAAUUGCACAUGAAUGCGCAGAAAAGACUUGCAAGUCAGAGAUACUCUUCACCAUCUCGGAGCAUGCAAGAUAGUCCUGCAUCUAUUUUAAGGAAUGCCACACACUCUGCUUAUUUUAAUAAACUUUCUCUUAAUGGCAAUGCAAAUCAUUCGGAAGGAUUCGGUAACUCGGAAGUAUUUGGCACCGAAGCACCAAAUUCACCUUUCUCAAUGCCUAGGAUUGUAUCCGUUGAUAAAAUUGAAUCCGGUUUUUUAAACGAUCAAAAUCGGCCAGAGCCACCGAAAUCUCACAUGAAUACUUACUCGGUUCCGUGGAUGAAUGAAAAUGGCUUAGGGCCAAAUAAUGGCUUAGUUUUUAACAGGCAUAAUCACGAUGUGCCUGUUUUUGAGAUGUCGAAAUUGGCAAUUGGAAAUUCAAUGGAAAACAAAUUUCCCAAUGGGGAUGCUUCAGAAGGAUGGCUGCCCUUUGAUCCUUUCUCUGAGAGGCGUCGUUUUGAAGUAGAGAAAAUGAACGAAAACCUUAAGCGAGUUUGGGCCUCUGAGUAUAAAAUGCCUUCUCCGGUGGAUCAUGGAAGUUCUCCAUUUCAGCUAAGUAUAGAUUCAGGUAAUUCUCAAGGUUCUUAUUUAAGUCGCCUAAGAAGUAUUUCAAGUGCAGUUGAAGGCUUCGAUAACAGCAACCGAUCCUUUCCGAUCGAUUUUUCGAGAUGCGAGGAUAGAUCGUCGAAACGAUUUGAAGCUGUGAAUCCCAUGACGGCUGGUCCAUUAUCUUUGUCCUAUCCGGAUAUUCCAGACAUUCUGUCAUCUCAUAUACUACCUAAUAGUAAAGAACCUUCAUCCAAGGUCAUUCGACAGCCAACCACUUGUUCCACUGAUGGUGGUUCUGCUAAUGCGUCAUCUUUUAUGUUUGAUCUGUCUAUACAACCAGGUAAUGAAGCAUCUUUACGCUACCCCCAACUAUCAUCUGAAGGUAUGACAUAUGCCAAAAUCCUCCGAUCUCCCCAGCAGUAAAAUUGUAAAGUGAAUGAAUAGGAUUUAUGAGCCCGAGUGCAUUAUGGUUGUGGAGAGAUCAUUGUUAUGAAAAUGUAAUUUUAACUCUAUAAAUGUGUAAUUUUUUCAUCAAUUUGUUGUGAUGUAGGUAAUUGUAAACUCAUGUACAUUAGUAUCACUGUGUGGUGUUUUGUAUAUAGUUAUUGUCUGUCUUCUAUCAUUAAAAUGUUUCUUAUGU